UUAAUUUUUAUACGUAUGAUAUUCUAUUUAUUUUCAAGCCAUUCACUCAUACAUAUAUCUGGUUGGUAUAAUGUCUUAUUGGAUAUUAUUUUUCAGAAAAUUUUCUUUGCAAAUAUCAUAUUAUUGGUUGUUUUACAACAGACCAGCUCUUUUUUGCCCAAGAACAGAACCGAAUCUACAGUCUCAGAUUUACCCGAGACCACGACAGAAUCUACAGUCACAGAUUUACCUGACAAUAAAGCAGAAUCUACAGUCUCUGGUGGGUCAAAAAGUAUUCCUAAAGAAUCCAUUCCUAAAUGUAUUCAAUGUGACAUUUUUAAUGGACUCUACAAAUUGUCUCCAAAUUGUACAUUUCUUUAUUGUCAGAGAUGUUAUGAAGAAUUGAAAUGUAUUUAUGAAGUACCUUUUGAUAAUAUUUUCGGUAGCAAUAAAGCUAAUAUACCAUAUUAAUGUUUUUCUUAAAUAUAACUAGCUAACUAAAUAAAAAUAUAAUUAUCUACGUUUAAAAUAUA